UGCGCGCGCACACACAGGCGCGCACGCUGGAGGAAACACACAGAGGACGGGGUGGAGGAGCGCACGUCUAACGCGGCGCAGGCUGCCUGUCAGCUGUCAAACGCAGCGCCCCGCAGCCGCCGUUCCGUUCGCCCGCAGCCUCCUCGUCGCACCUGCGCGCUUCCUGCGCGGCUCGUGCGCGGCUCGUGCGCGGCUCCUGCGCUCAGUCCUUGGCAGAGGACACGCGCCUCCCGCAGCCGCCCGCUCUUCAGGAUGCCUACGAACUGGGACGAGCAGCGCUGAGAAGGCGAAAUCGCGGCUCUCACUCAUGACUGAAAUAUGGAAAAGCGGACUGUGGUAACGGCGGUCAGCUUGUCCACGAGCGUCGUGUCGCUGAUCCUCCUGGUCACGGCGAUCUUCACGGACCACUGGUACGAAACGGACACGAGGAGGCACAAGGAGAACUGCGACCAGCACGGGCCGGACUCCAAUGACCAGAAGAACAGGGACAUGCCGAUUUACCACCUGCCUCUGGUGGACAGCGGCGGGCCGCGGAGGAACCCCGCGCAGCUCAAGCCCGUGCAUGUGGGCAGCCGGCAGGAGGAACUCCUGGAGAACUGGAGGUCCAUCCUGGGCAUGGGCAUCCUGGAGACGGAGUGCGGCCGCCCGCUCUUCUCCACGUACGCGGGACUGUGGCGAAAAUGCUACUACCUCGGCAUGGACCGGGAUAUUGACAAACUCAUUGUAAAAGGCAUUGCACAGCGAUGCACAACUGUCAAGUACCAUUUCUCCCAUCCCAUCAGACUCAGGAACAUCCCUCUCAACCUGACAAGGACAAUUCAGCAAGACGAGUGGCACCUUUUACAUUUGCGUAGGAUCACAGCUGGGUUCCUGGGCAUGGCGGCAGCAGUCCUGCUGUGUGGGUGUAUUGUGGCCGCUGUCAGCUUCUUCUGGGAGGAGAACCUGACCCAGCAUGUGUCUGGCCUGCUCUUCCUUAUGGCAGGUAUCUUCUGCACCAUCUCCCUCUGCACCUAUGCGGCUAGUGUUUCCUAUGACCUCUCCAGGAACCCACCUUUCAUCUAUGGGCUACCAGCUGAUGUUGACCAUGGCUACAGCUGGUCCAUCUUCUGUGCCUGGGUGAGCCUGGGCCUAACGGUGGCUUCAGGCUGCCUGUGUACCACGUAUCCAUUUGUCAGUCGUGCCAAAGCACUGCGCUCCAAGACUGCCUGUGAUUCUUCCGUUUGAGUGAUCUAUUGACUCAUGAUUUCCCCAACCGUGGCUAGCUGUGUUGAUGCUUCCUCUUCUGCAGCGUUCAUUUCCCCGUAUAGGCCAGUGAAUACAGUAAGUGUCACAAUGAAGUUGGAAGGUCCUCAGUGUUCCAUCUCCAGAUUUUAUAGUGUCCUGUUGCUAAUGCAAUGUAAAGGAUUGUGCUGUUGUAACUAUGUACAGAAAUUCAUUGUCUGUGCACAUGUACAUACUUAUGCACAGACACAUUGUACAGUAUUUACGUAAAUUUUACAUUUUGUUAAAAAUGACAUACGGUAUUUGUGGGCUGUUACCCGUUUUAUCGACAAGUACUGGUUUUUCCCAUGAAAAUACUGUGAAUAUAUCAAAAGAGAAAGUUUAAGAUCUAUUCAGUUGUUUGUCUUUUACAUGCCUACCAUAGCUAGAAAUACUCAAGGUCACAUUAUGGAAAUUGUUGUGCAAAAGAACAGUAUUUCAAAUGUGUCAAACUGAUAACAUUUUUUGUUUUGUUCGAGAAGCAUGGACCUACCAUCUGCUCUUCACAGACAUUCAUAAACAUGGACUUAACAGGUCACUUGUGUAUUUCUGCAUAAAGAGAUCACAUCAAGAACAUGCAAAAGUGAUUCUUUUUCCUUUGUUGGGAAAAAAGUACUCAUUUAUACUCAAAACCCUUCCGACAAAGGUUGACAAUUUUAAAAGACAAGCAAGACCAUUUUGAACACACAAUGAUGGUUUCAAGGUUUCAGAGGUCACAGAAUGUCUUUGUGGAGACGUUCACUAAGCAUCGUGUACGAAGUUUGUUCCCACGUGUGAGGUAACAUCAGAACAGCGGGCAGCUGUUCAACUUGUUUGGUCCGAUGUCUACUUAUAUUUCUGACGAGCACAAGAUACAGCGGACCGGCUUAUGCCAAUGCAUGAUUACCUCCAACUUUCCUUGCUGAUUCUGCACAAAGACAAAAUCAGACAUGAAAAACUCGAGGUCCCUCUGUCUGCACUGAGCCAAUGCAGUGAACAGUUGUGAAAAUCUCACAGUGUUUGUGUUCUCUUCCUAAAAAUAUAUUUCAAUAAAAUGGAAAAAAU